UGCUUUACUGAGAAACACAGGAAGUACUCAUUCAUAAAAAAAUAAAAUAAAAUAAAUGAAUACAAUUUUCACUGCCCUGAUUUAACAGAUUAGGCUAUACGAUACACUUGUAUUUAUAUUGUUUGAAGAAGACAAAACAACAAGAUGCUAAUUAAAGUAAAGACGCUUACUGGAAAGGAGAUAGAAAUUGAUAUUGAGCCUACAGAUAAGGUGGAGAGAAUUAAAGAAAGAGUGGAGGAGAAGGAAGGGAUCCCUCCUCAACAGCAACGGUUAAUCUACAGUGGCAAACAAAUGAAUGAUGAGAAAACUGCAGCAGAUUAUAAAAUCCAGGGUGGCUCUGUUCUUCACCUUGUGCUUGCAUUGCGAGGAGGACACCAGUGCUACUCUACCACACGCCUAUAUGCUAAGCCUUUAUAAACAUCAACUGAACUGAAUGCAACAUGUUCUGGAAAUGAUCCUCUUUUAAUAUCAGAGUCAAACCUAUAUGGCAAAACAAAGCCAAUGAAAAGACAUGAUGCAAGCACUUUACUUUCUGUAAUUAAGCAGGAUUCUGCUCUUAUUAAAGGUGUGCUGGCAAUGCCGCUUUACUGACUCAAAAUUAGUUUCUAUUGAUUUUAGGCAUCUUUUCUUACAAUGAAAACUUUUAGAAUUUCAGUGUUUGAUCUAAAGUUCUGUGCAUGUAGGUCCACAAAAGAAGUAACAUAAACAGACAUCAGAAUAAAACUUGAUCAUUCAUUUGAGGAUUUCAGCCAUUUAUGACUGUAAACUAUUUUUGGCCUUUUUUACUUUUUGUGCCAAGUAAACAAAACAAAGCUCCUCUCACUUUGUUGCGUACAGAAGUUUUAAAUGAAUUAUGCAAAUAAAAGACCAAAUAAAAAACAGCUUCAGCCCA